GACUUGUUUGCCAUGGGUGACCCUACCAGGGGCGUGAAGCCCCAGACAACUUGGCUCCCAGGAUCAUUGGGACACACAAACCCCUCCACCAUAAAGAGGUGAUGGCUUCCAGCAGGGGUAUAAUACCUCUUUGUUUUUUUAAAUAAUAAAAUAAAAAACAUUGACGUGGUGUUUCUUCUAGUAAUGUGCAGUUAAAGGCGAAGUAUGUCAUUUGACAAAAAAAAAAAAAAACACGGAAAAAAAACCCAAAGACAUUUUAUCAGAUAUGUUAAAACUCUGCAUGUCCUGACAGAAAAAUAUUAUUUACUCUAUAUGAUCUUUUGAAAACUCUUCUCUCUCCAGCUCCACCUAAUGCCUCUAAUUUAAAUUUCAUUAUUAUUUUGAAAAGUCUCUGUGACGGAGGGAAUUAUCCAAUCAGACACUUGCACGUGUCAAUCAUUUUCUUGUCAACGUGCAUAACACGCCAGAAGAUCUGGGAACAAUGGCAGAUGUGGACAGUUCGUCGACAAAUCCAAAAAUGCUUGUCCCUCGUUUGCCAACAACUGGGGUCUUCUCAUGCAAGAAAACACAAGCAGGGUAAGAAACGAUAAAGGCUAAAAAGAGGGCAUCUAAUAUAGAGAGAAAUAAAAGUAGGGUAAAUAUUUUACAUGAAUUCUUGACGUGGCGUGAACUCAGGCAUUUGAUCGGACUUGGAAGCAACGUGGAAUUGGCUACAGUCCUGCUGGACAGGUAAGUGUGUCACCUAUUUUAAUUUGUAAUUAAGUGUACAUUCCCCAAAAAUAUAACUAAUGGCGUUGUGUUGAUAUACAUUAUUAACGCUGUGUUCGUAUGUACUAGGGCAUGGGACACGGACGGCUUGGCUAACAAACAAGUUCAGCCAAAUAGCAUCAUUUGCUAGCAAUAGUAAGCCAGUGUUAGCACCAUAAAAAAGCCAGCAUUAGGUCAGAUUUAGCUGCGACAUUGUAAUGAUUUAGUAAUCGGCGCUUAAGCAGCAUGGAGCAGUAGUAGGUGAUUUGACACGCUCGCUCCGUCGUCACGUCACGAAACCCCACAAUGUGGGGUUCACUUUAGAUCAUAUCCUAUGGAAAAGCUUGACAUUACCACAAUUGUAUGCAAGGAGUGCAAAAUGCGAACGAGGUAUUUUGGAAACAACAAACGGGCUCAUUUAGCACGACAUCACAACGAGCAGGUCAAACAAAUCUGCUUAAAAAAAAAAAAAAAAAAAAAAGCUUUGCCGAGAACAAGAUUUAGAUUUCGUAUGAAGACGUUGGUUCCUGUUUUUCUAACUGGGGCUAUGUGUGGAAGCCACAUUGUUACAAACUUGAAUGCAAUGUUACAUCCCUGCAGGCUCUAUUAUUGUCACGGAUAAUGCUGCAAACAUGCUGCUACUGCUGCACACACAGAUUGCUUGUUCUUUCUGUGAUUAUAUUGUGUAUUUGUGUGGGCCUUGUACUCACGAAAAGUAUUCAUCGAGCUCAAUGCCUUUUAAGAAACAUUAUCACAGAAACAGAAAUAAAGGGUUGGAUGGAUUGUGCAAAUUAAGCCCGUACUAUUCUGAAGGGCUGUUACAUGAAUUUAAAAAAUAAAUAAAAAGUCCCAUGUCAUAAAAGCUGCUUCUGACAUUCUGACAGAGAGGAGGAUUUUUUUCAGAAGGUGGAGUACAUGACAUUGACAUCCCCACGGGCGAACUCCAGCAGUUAGUCCCAUGGUAUUUACUUUACAAUUCUUUACACAAGCGCUACAAUAAAAAAAAAAUUCCUUUUGUUUAUGUAGUUUGUCAUCGGUGGACAUCAAUGAAAAGUAAUUCAAAAACAUAAACGUCUAAGUACUUUUCUGGAAUGUUGUAAAGUUUUUCUUUUAUUUAUUUUUUUCCAAAAUUUGUAUGUAAACUUUACUGUAUCUUGAUGUUCUUUUCACUUGCAUUGACUGGGAAGAUGAAGUCAAUGACAAGUGGUGCAUUGAAAAAGAAGCAUUAUAUGAAUCAUUACUGGAAGAUUAUGUAACCUUUGAUGUUUCCUCAGAUGAGACUGAUGAGGAUUUUAGGCCUCAUGCCUCCAUAAGGUAGUGUAGACACCCUCUACUUCCGCAUUUAGUGUGCUUAUUGUUUUUGUCAUUUCGCUGUUUCAUAGUUGGUCUUAAACUGAAUUGGAGGUGCUCUGAACAGCAAAAUUCGUUUGGAUGCCCUUUCAACAAUCAGCAUGGAGGAUACAGUGCAUGGCGUUUGAGAAAACAUGCCAGACCCAUCAACAACAGAGACACAAACAUUACCUGGUGCCGCGGAAGUAACUGUUGAUGAUGAUAUGGGAAAACCUGCAUCAAUUGUAUAUCAUUACACUCUGAUGCAGCUUUCCAGUAUCUCCAUCUACCAGUCAACAUUUGUCCAGCUAAGGACCUCAAAAAAGGGACAGUAUGCCAAUCCCCUGGACCAUUCGAGAUCCAUAUUACAUCCAGGAGAACCGCUUCUGUAGUUCAUUGGGUUGUCUGGCACAACACUUGAUGAUCCUCGGUGACUUGGCUUAUUGUCAGGGAAACGGUGCCAUCUACUUGGGAACUGUUGCAAACUGAGCAGAGGCCAAGACACCAAUCCGUUGAUCAGGGGCUGAAGAGUCGGACGAGCUUCAACACGUCUCUUGGCGGACGUCAAAACAUGGAGCUGGGGUCACGUUGCAGAAAUUUCUUUAUCACACUGUGUGAUUCGUCUAACCUCCGUCUUGUCAACUCUUCGGUAAAGCAAGACAUUAUGGGUUGACUUGUCAACAUGUGACAAAGGCAGUGGACUUGAGCUCGGUGAAGAAAUCUGUGUUGUCCAGCUUAUGGUUGGUGUGUUCUGAGUGUCUGAAGGAAAGGACCAUGAUCAACAGCGAGCCAGAAGCAUUUCAAGACAUCUUAGUAUGCCUGAAGUGUGGUUUCCAAGGAUGUAACCACUCAGGGAUUGAACAUGCUGUCAAGCACCACCAAGCUUUUCAUCCCGAUCAUUGCAUCACCAUAAACUUAAGCUCUUGGAAAGCCUGGUGUUUUGAAUGUAAUGAGGAACUGUCCACUCACUGUAACAAAAAAGCCUUGGCACAGGCCCUGGAUUUUUUACAGAAGCACUCUUUCAAGGCAUCAGCAACAUCCGCCAAGAUCCAGAAAUUGAGAGAAGAACCCACUGAUUAUAAAGACCCCUCAAGAGGCAAAAGCUCAGUCAUCAACAGUGCCUUGGUUCCUGUUAAAGGCAUCAAUAACCUCGGAAACACCUGCUUCUUCAAUGCUGUUAUGCAGAAUCUGUCCCAAACACACAUGCUCAUUGACCUCAUCCAGGAAGUGAAGGAGAAAGGAUAUAAACUAAGGAUCUGCCCCCCAGUUGAGAGCCAUCUGGCUCCAUUAGUAGCAAUGCUGCCUAGUCCAGAGCCACUGACUGCAGCCAUGCUUCUCUUCCUCCAAUGCAUGAAAGAACCAGGAAAAGGUCCAGUUAAUCCCAAGAUCAUCUUUAAUCAACUCUGUCAGAAGGCUUCACGCUUUAAGGGGUAUCAACAACAGGACAGCCAGGAGCUUCUUCACUAUUUGCUGGACUCCAUAAGAGUAGAGGAAACUAAAAGGGUGAAGGCUGGAAUUCUCAGGGCUUUCAACAAUCCUACCGAGAAGACAGCAGAUGAGGAAACCAGACGUCAAGUCAAAGCAUAUGGAAAGGAAGGUGUAAAGAUGAACUUUGUUGACCGCAUCUUUGUUGGAGAGCUGACCAACACAAUUAUGUGUGAAGAGUGUGAACACAUCUCGACAGUUAAGGAAGCUUUCAUAGACAUCUCUUUACCCAUCAUAGAGGAACGGAUAUCAAAACCGUCCAACAGUAUCAGGCUGGCGAAGGGAAGUCGAGAGCAGGACACCAACACGGUGGUCAUUUCCACUACAAACUCAGCCAACAGAAACACCAGGAAGCUGAGUGGACAGAAACAAUGUGGCAGGAUGUCUUCCAGCUCUAUGGAUGGAAAGGGGGCAGGUUACAGUGUGGAACGACCGGAAGAAGAGGGUAUUGCGGGUGGAUCAACCCGCUGUGUCUCUACUCACACGAUGGCCACUUGCGGAAGCCUCUCAGAUGGCAGUGAGAGAGGCUCUGGCCCUCAGGACAGCAGUAAUGAUGCUGAUAGUGAGGCUUCAGAAAGCGAGUGGGCCCCGCACACUUCCUUCUCCAGUCAUGUCCAAUCUCACACGACACCCACUGUCAAUUCAGCUGCUGUAUUUGUUUAUACCUCAUCAUCCUCUUCCAAGCAAGGUGGCAUUGUGGACCCGCUAGUAAGCAAUUUGUCAAAAGUCAGCCUUGGCCUCAGUUCAGGGGACAGCUCGCCUCCUUUGCGACGUUCUCCAGAGGAGCCAGAGGAAACUAGGUCACGAGAGAAUCUCCACCAUCAGUACCACCAGGGGGCAUUCCAGGCACUCUCCCACAGUUACAAUCCCAGCUCCAAGGAGUGCUCCAUCCAGUCCUGCCUCCACCAGUUUACCUCUGUGGAACUGCUCAUGGGCAACAACAAGUUGCUUUGUGAGAGCUGCACUGAACGCAGACAAAAGCAGAUGCGCAAGAGCAGCUCAGCUGAUAAAAAGGUGGAGAAGAUCUACACCAGUGCAAGAAAACAAAUGCUCAUUUCCUCACUUCCUCCUGUCAUCACAUUGCAUCUGAAACGCUUCCACCAAGCCGGAAUGAAUCUACGAAAAGUGAACCGUCAUGUCGACUUUCCUUUGAUCUUAGAUCUGGCCCCAUUUUGUUCAGCAUCAUGCAAGCAGAACCUGGCCCAAGAUGACCGUGUCCUUUACAGCCUGUAUGGGAUUGUAGAGCACAGUGGCUCAAUGCGUGGUGGUCACUACACUGCAUACGUAAAAGUCCGCGCUCCUCAGAGGAAAACGGAACAUCACAGGAACUUGUCAGGUGCAAAGGACUCGAGCAGCAGUUCCCCAGGCCAGUGGUUCUACAUUAGCGAUACCACAGUCCAAAUGGUACCAGAGUCCAGAGUUCUCCUCUCUCAGGCAUAUCUGCUCUUCUAUGAGGAAAUCAUAUGAUCUGAUAAAUUUCAUCCAUGACAAAUGUUCAAAUCUAACUCGUACUUUGUGUUCAUCUCUUUGUCAGGAUACGAAAAGGGAAAAGAUUACUCUCGCUUUUUCUUCAAUAAUAUAAUUUGCAGUUAUUUUCUUUCAUAAAUUGAUCCUUCUAAAUCUUAAAAUGAUCUACUGGUAGAUUAACAUACAGUAUGAACAUUAGGUUACUUUUGAAUUAGCUCUGGGUUUUUACUUGCUUGUGUAAACCUUCACACCUUUCUGACACAUAACCAUUAGAUCACGUUUUUAUGUUAAGUUGCUAUAAGUGACCUAUAUGACCCACCCACAUGAUUAACUUUUGCCAGAGCAACAUUAGAAACAUGGUGAGUAAAUGUAAAUGUAGCUCCUGAAUGGUAAUGGUACUAUGUUCACCCUGCGUGCACCACCUUCUCGAGAUGAUCUAGCGCUCAGAAAAGCAUGUUGUGCUCACUGCUAGUUUGGAUGACUCCAAACAGGGUUGAUAACAAAAGUUGUCAGAUGUUCAUUUAAGAAACAUUAUCAUCAUACUGGAUCAAAUAUUAGCGGUGGAAAAAUGUAGCUUAAGCCAUUUAUUCAUGAUUAUUAAUACUCAAGCUAAUAUUGAAAGUUCACAUUAAAAUACUGGUUUGAGUUGCUACACCUAAAAAAAUCAAAAGCAGUGGCAAAACAAUAGUAGAACAGUGGUGAUAUAAUCCCUUUGUCCUUAUUAUGUAAGAAUGUAUUAAUAGAUGACAUUUGCCAAAGAUUAAGUCAGAACAGAAAACCAAACAAAUAUACAUUGUCAUUCUGCCUUCAAAAUCUCGAUUUAUUAACAUUUGUUAAAAUAUAUUUUUCUGUUUAAGGUAAUCAGUAUUUUGUUGCACACACAAAAUACUUAGUUUUUUAUUUUAACAAGUCACCUCGCUUUCCUUCAUUGUAAAAUAUUUCAGCUCGACUGCAAGAUUAGGAAAGCACCAGACACUUACUGAAAUGACUACACUGCUACUAUUGGUCAAGUUUUACUAAAUAAUGGGAAUAAAAUGCUCCAAGGCUUCAAGCCUUACUCGUACAACAUAUUUGUGUAAUAUGCAUGGGGUUAAUGCUGUAAUUAAUAUAUUGGUUAUUCGUGUAUCAAUGAAUGAGACUUAUUUUUUAUUUUAUAUUUGGUGUUUUUUCUGUUGUUCAAACAUUUGCCAAAAAGGUGUUGGUUGGCAUUCACAUCAAAGUAGAGUUUUUUUCAUUAUUAUUAGAUUUGACAGAAUCAGUGCCUAUGCUUAUUGUUAUGAAACGUGGAUGGUGAAAAGGAACGUGUAAAAAUAAAUGCUCUGAUGAAUAUGUGACAUUCAUGUACAUUGUAGUUUGUAAUAGUAUAAUGCAAUUGUAUACUAAAAAAGAACAAUGCAAGAGUGUGGUGCUUAAGGGAUACAGGGUUUUUCCUUAAGGCAAAUACUUUUUUUCUAGGACAUUUCAUCUUAAUAAAAUGAACAUUUGGUCUGCAUUGAAACCAUGACUAUCACAAAAUUAAAUACAUUUAAUUUAUGUACUAAAGAUUUUUGAAGAACUUGUCUGUGUUUUAGCCACAACAGCCUGAAUAAAAUGCAGAGCACGUUGAAAAUG